AUGCCGCUGGGGCGUAUGCAGGUGCGGCGACCACCGCGCCGUGUCGAGGUACCGGAAGACAACGGUGGCCUUGCUGCAGCUGCUGUUGUCGGCGCGACGACCUCAGCGACGGCCACGACCGCGAGCAGUCGCUCCCACUCGCCAACCGCUACUACGACAUCGGCGUCAUCGUCUUCUUCGGCGCUGCUGCAUCGCGAUACGUUCAUUCAUCAGGUGCGCCGCUACGAGGACGAGAACAUUCGAGCGCUGCUGCAUCAGCUGCCCAGCUCACCGAAGCAGCUGAUGCGACGCCUAGAGCAGUGCCAACAGGAAAUGAACCUGCUGAAGGAGGAAAAUAUACUUCUCAAAUCACGCGAAGUCGAGAUCUCGUCGCUGACGCUGCGGCUGCAGGAGCGCAUCAACGCUACUCAGAGUCAGGUGGAUCACAUCAAAGCCCAGGUACACCUUCAGCUGUCGAACCCAAUCACCGAGGAAGAGUAUCAGCGCAUCGAGGCACUAACAGAGGCACAGCGUGACCUCGUAGACGUCAUGAAGCUCGGCAUCUACCGUCAGCUCGGGUCUUUGCGUGCGUCACAGCAGGCGGCAACGAAGCGGGCCGCCGACCUUAGCACGUCCUUGGCGCAGCUGCAGCAGGAGAGCAGCGACAUGAAGGUGCGCCUGGCCGAGUACGAGUCCCAGGAAGAGGCGGAGAAGGAGAAGGCGGACAAGAAGGCGCGGCAGAUUGCCAGUCAGCAGGCUCGCAUCGCUGAGCUGGAGGGCCACAUCACGUCCCUCGAGGCAAAGGGCAAGUCCAUGUACGUGGACCAGGAGCAGUACCUCUCAGCAAAGUUGACGGCGCAGAUUAAAACGGACGAGGUGGCGCGUCUGUCCGUACGACUAGAGGAGUCGGAGAUGGACACACAGCGAUACCGCGCCAAUGCCGAGUGCACGGAGCAGAAGCUCGACAUCCUCAAGUCCGAGUACUAUGAAUUGAAGCUGCGCUACGGGCAGCGUGUUCUCGAGCUCGAGAGCGCCUUGAAGGCAUCGGAGGAGAAGCUCAAGACACUCGGCGACCUCGAGAUGGAGUCGCAGUUGUUCAUCUCCAAUCUAGCAGUAUCUUCACAGGGCGAGGUGGCUUUCGGUACCGACUCAGCAGUCACGGCCACAGGUCGUCCGGCGGACGCCUACGAAGGGUGGCUUGCCCUGCCCCGCUCCCGGAAGCUGGCGCACACCCUUGUCGUCACGAAGCGUUGCCUACACUUGGAGAACAAGGUUGCAGCGCUGGAGCACGACCUUGCAUUCAAGGAAGCGCAGAUGGCCCGCCUGCAGGUCGCUCUCGAUGGCGCCCGCGACGCACUGCACAACAUCAACAGUCCCUACGUGCUCGUGGAGAAGGCGAUGGCGGAGCUCACGGAUGAGAAUGAGGCGCUCAAGCAGAAGGUGAGCAUCCUGGAGCAGGACAAGAAGGAUCUGCAGCUAAAAGUGCAGCAGUACAGCAGCAACCUGCGUGUCUUGACGUAUCAUCGCGGAGAGCUGCUUCGCAUGAAGAAAAUGCUCCGUCAGCUCGGGCUUCGCGAAGGAUUCGUGUUCCCCGCGGGCGACGAGGAGGCGGAGGAGGUCGAGGGCCCGCCACUGCGGCAGCCGUCUGAAGCUGGCAGAAAGCAGACCAUACGCGUUGUGGGGGCAAGCGGCGGUAAUGUCGCCUCUCCCACGCAGCGGAAGGUGUCGAUGACGUCAUUGGCCAGCGCGGUAGCGCGCCGCAUCGACGGUGUCGAGGCUGAUAGCAGCGAGAUGCACCGGGUUCCUGGUAAUACGCCGCCUGCCUCGUUCGGCUCUUUGCGGCCAAUUGAAAUGAGAUUUUAA